AUAAGACGAGCCCUUGCCCCACUGGCAAUAAGCUCCUACGGCCAAAAGUUCUACCAGCGCAGACACUCUGUUGAGAUAUGCAAUCUCGAGAAGACAAGAUAACCAGAUAACUCACCACGUUUUUCCUGGAUACCCAGUUUUCAUCUUACCUAAUUCCAAGACAUAGCAUAGCCUUUAACUACUAACUUUACCAUUCUUCUUGGCAUCUAGAAUCAUCAUCACCUGCACCACUUAAAUGCCUGCCAUCUCCCUCUGUCAAAGUGUUAGCUGCUCAGUCAUAUCCAAAAAUUCUUUGCAACCCCAUGGACUGUAGCCUGCCAGGCUCCUCUGUCCAUGUGAUUCUCCAAGCAAGAAUACCGGCGUGAGUACCCUUCUCCAGGAUACCUUUUCGACCCAGGGAUACAACCCGGCUCCUGCAUUGCAAGCUGAUUCUUUACUGUCUGAGCCAUCUCUACCUUGGAUUAAAAUGUGACAAGGGCAUGCAACCAGAUUUCGUGAUGAGAAAAUAUACUCUUCCUGUGUGCCCAACAAGGACUGUCUGAUGCUUGAUGAAUUAAUGAAUCAGUGUUCACUGUUCAUGGGGAUGUGGAAAAGAGCUGCUGAACCGGAGAAGGAAUCCUAAACUCUUGAGUUUAAACUUCAGCUGCAAAGUCCUGUCCAGCUACCUCCUCACUUGAACAACUUGGUUAAAUCCUCCCAAGCUCUCUUCUCUCGUCUGUAAAUAUAGAAACAGCGGGUCCUCAGAUGGCCCCCAGGUAAACUGGGCGCAAAAGGGUCUGAUACAAAGAGAGCCCUCCUCCAUCAAACGUCUGGGAUGCUGUGUGCCUGAGCCUCGAUCCAGCCCUUGCUGGUGAGCACUGCUCUGAAUCCCCUGGCUUCCUGCCUAGACAACUCACCACACAGCAGAGGUCACAAACCAGCCUUCUGUGAGCCAGCACAGUCAGGGUCUGUUUCAGCCCACAAGACAUCAGGCCUACAGAAGCAUCUGACUUAGACGGCAACAUGCAGACACAACAGUGCAGUUAAGAGGAGCCGGGGCUCCAGGAGAGGCUCUGUGGAGCGUCUCUGUGCCUUGGUUUUGCAUCUAUUAAGAAAGAGGUGGAACCAACCCAGCUCAUGGAGCCCUUGUGAGAGCCCCGUGAGUUAAAACACAUAAACACAGCAGGUGUUUAAAAUGAUGCGCACAAUCACCAUUCGAGGUUCCGACAGCACCGACCCACCCACAGAGGAGGCAGCGAGGGGCACUGACAAGGUCUAGUGGAGAAGCAGCUGCCCAUCUGGGUGGGCCAUGCGUGCUCCACUUCACAAUUCCUGGCUCCCUGAGGGCCUCACGCUUGUCUGGACUACCUGCUCUCAGGGGACCACCCUACGUAGGGCAACCCCUUUGGCCUUGGGCUUUGCAACUCCUGGUAUUAAGAGGAACACGAGCAGAUCAAGUAAACUUUAGUGUGAUGAUCAUUUCCGUCACAGUCAUGCUCCAUACACAUGCGGAGCACCCCGUGGAGAAGGCAAGACGCGUAAGAGCACAAGGAGACAAUGAGUGGGUGUUUCUGAGACUGUCAGAAUAAGCAGAGCCUCCUGCAAUAAACCAAGGAAGCCUCGAGAGCCAAACUGUCCAUUUAAUCAGCACAAUGUUUACAUCUGAAGGACUCUGCCAUGAGCCCUGUCUCAGGCCUAGAAGGGCAGAGAGAAGGUCUGCGCCCCCCACAACGGUUUCCUCUUAGGAGGGUGCGGCAGAGGGAGCCUGGUCCUCUCUACUCAGAGGUCGGCACCUGGAGCAGCCUCCACCUUUACAUGUUGGAUUUGGCAACAGCAAGACUUGAGUGAGUUCUGACCAACCAGUUCGGCAGCGUGACAGACAGUCAACCUCCUAUCUCGUGGUUUCUGUCAAGUUCCUGAUUCUCAUCUGUUCCUGAAGACGAGCAAGAACCCCGAGUCUAACAGUCUCCACUUGGAGCGUCCACUGAGACAUUCUGAAAUGGCUGUUGCUUGACUCACAGAUGAAAGACUACAAACAGGAUCACUGGUGAAGAAACACCUCGGCCACUUCAAGAUGACAAGCGCUCACUGGGCUAAAUUAUUUCAUUGAAAGGAAACCUCACACUGGACAAAAUUUUUACAAAGGCCGUGCCUUCGGAAGUUGCCAGACCAUGAACGCCACCACCGCCCCACCUGCGGGGGGGUCCUGCCCCUCCAACGCCCUCAUCACCAAGCAGAUCAUCCCCGCGCUGUACUUCGUGGUCUUCGUAGCCAGCAUCCUGCUCAACGGCGUGUCGGGGUGGGUGUUCUUCUACGUGCCCAGCUCCAAGAGUUUCAUCGUCUAUCUCAAGAACAUUGUCGUGGCCGACUUCCUGAUGAGCCUGACUUUUCCUUUCAAGAUCCUGGGGGACUCGGGGCUGGGCCCCGAGCAGCUGAACGUCUUCGUGUGCAGGGUCUCGGCCGUGCUCUUCUACAUCAACAUGUACGUCAGCGUCAUGUUCUUCGGGCUCAUCGGCUUCGACAGGUAUUACAAGAUCGUGAAGCCUCUCCUGACGUCUUUCAUCCAGUCCGUGACCUACAGCAAACUGCUGUCGGUGCUGGUGUGGAGCUUCACGCUGCUCAUCGCCCUUCCCAACACGAUCCUGACCAACCGGGGUGUGGCGGGGGCCUCGCGCGUGAGAUGCAUGGACCUUAAGAGCGACCUGGGCCUCAAGUGGCACAAAGCCUCCAGCUACAUCUUUGUGGGCAUCUUCUGCAUUGUGUUUCUCUCCCUAAUCUUCUUCUACACUGCUAUCACGAAGAAGAUCUUUAAGUCCCACCUCAAGUCCAGAAAGAAUUCCAUAUCAGUCAAGAAGAAAUCUAGCCGUAAUAUAUUCAGCAUUAUGUUCGUGUUUUUUAUCUGCUUUGUACCUUACCACAUUGCCAGAAUCCCCUACACACAGAGCCAAACAGAAGCUCAUUACAGCUGCCAGUCAAAAGAAAUCCUGCUCUAUGUGAAAGAAUUCUCUUUGCUACUGUCAGCUGCAAAUGUAUGCCUGGACCCCAUUAUUUAUUUCUUUCUAUGCCAGCCAUUUAGAGAGGUCUUGUGUAAGAAAUUGCAUAUCCCAUUAAAAACUCAGCGUGACUCAGACACUUCCAAAACCAAAAGGGAAAAUAUAAUACAAGGAAGCACAGAUAGUUUGUGAAUUCCCACCUCCUUUCAAAUUAAGUUCAUGCAUGCAUACUGUAAUCUUCAAUUCCAUAACAAAACAAAAUGAAUACACGUGUCCACAAUAGCAUCAUCUCUAGGCAUCACUAUUCAAUUUAGUGGAAUAAUAAAGUUAACAGGUAAGUUUCCAUGCUUCUUUUGUAACAUCAAAGAAAAAAAUAAUACAUUAUUUAAUCUUAUCCCAUCAAAAUAGAAGGUUUAAAAGUAUAAUCAGCAGUCUGGUCAGUUCAUACAGAACUUUAAACAGCAAAUACAUAGGAAGCAAUAAAGACAAUUCACAGGUGUGUCUUCCUCUAAAAACAAGAAUUAAGUUACACAAUUUUUUUCAAAAGGGUCAUUAAAGACCAGUGUAAAAGCAGGCAGAGUUGAUAUGGACUUAAGAAGCCAGUUUGUAGUGAAAAAAGUCAAGUUUUCUCUGAUUUGAAGAACCUGGGUAAGCAGACAAUGAGAAAAUUACUUAAGAAAUCCCCAACUGAUUUAUUUCAUCACAUUUCAAAGGAAAGCAGAUAUAACUUCUGUACACUGCAGCAAAAAAUGUAAUUUUUCUCUGAUAGCAUUUUGAGGAUAAGAUAACUUUUAAAUUCUUUAUAUGAAGAUUAGCUAAGCCACUUAAUGAGCCUGGGGUUCUGGUCUUAGAAUAUGUUUAAGUGAACUCUACAGAGAGAAGCUAGGCAGUGGCAUGUGUUGUGAGCAACUUCCUCUGCUCAAUGGUAUGGAAAAAAAAAAAUAUAUAGGCUGACUGGGGAAAAGGCAUAUGUACACAAAUAACCACCAGGCUGGCAACAUACAUUAUUCCCUAGGAGCAGAAAGAAACAGUUUCUGUAGAAAGCAACUGGACUUCAUAAAAAAGAAAAUCUAAAAUUUAUGAGUGAUAAAUUACACACAAAAUGAAAGUUUACAUAUCACAUUUUAUGAAAAACAAAUUUCAUAUGUGCAGAUAUAGGAUAUGGUUGCUGGCUCUGUGAGUUAUCAAAGCUAAAUUCUUUCCUUGCUAUUAACUUGCCUGAAGAUACUUAGCCCAACUUUCAAAUAUUCUUCUCAAACUUUUUUGUAUGUUUAUAUAUAUAUAUAUAUAUAUAUUUUUUCAAGCCCUAUCGUAUAUGUACUAAUAAAAAAUAUUUUUCAUAGUGUCAAUUUUUCCCUUAAUAGUCAAGAUAUUAAAAAACAGUACCAGAUGUCCUCAGUCAAGACAUGGGCGGCUGCUUUAGUACACUCGAUCAGACAAGCUAAUAAAAGGCACAGACAGCAGGCAUAGGAAAACCCAGGCUAAGAGUUACAUAGAGCACUUUUGAAACCCUAUGUGCCACUGACUUUUCAAAAUUAAGUAUUUCUAUGUUCUAGGACCUCAUCAGAUUUUAGAGAAAAGUGAGAAGGCACAUUUUAAACUGAGGAAGAUCUGGGAAGGUCUUCAAACUCUGAAUCCACCUUCCAGUCUCUGCUCCCAACUCUGGGUCAAAUGUUCUCUUCCAAAAAGAACAAAAUCACAAUUCUGUCGUACGCAUGCCCGGAAGAACUAAGCAUGCUAUAGCAUUUGUCUGGCUAAACAUAUUUGCACAAGAAAGUAGCUUGUUUGUAUUCAGUUCCCAUUGUUCAGGGCAAACUAUUACAUCCUGAUGUUUUACAUGCCCCUACUAUAGCACCAGAGGAGAAACUGAAAGUAUGAAAGAAGGCAGGAACCAACAAGUAGUGCGUCUGUAGCCACUGCCGCCAAGCAAACCGGAAAUAUGAAAGGCAGUAUCUGUAAGGAAACAAUGUGCAGUGCAAGUAAGGACGGGUGAACCAAGAGGUGAACAGCAGCGACUGCGUGUCAGAACCUGUGAGGUACAAGACCUAUACUUGGAAAAGGGUGAGACACUGAAGAAAGACACAAACAGAGGGAAAGAUGUACGGUGCUCACAAACUGGCAGAAUCAAUACUGCUAACAUGAUCACACCACCUACAGCAACCUACAGGAUCAAUGCUAUCCCUAUGAAAGUAUCAGUGGCAUUGUUUACAGAACUAGAACAAAUAAUUCUAAAGUUUAUGUGAAAACACAAAGGCCUCUGAAAAGCCAAGAUAAGCUUGAGAAAGGAGAACAAAGCUGGAGGUAUCACACUGCCUAAUUUAAAACUAUACUGCAAAGCUAUAGUAACCAAAACAGGAUGGUACUGGCACAAACACAAACACAUAGAUCAACGCACUAGAACAAAGGGGCCCAAAAUGAACCCUUACUUACACAAUCAACUAAUCUACAAAAAGGAGGCAAGAAUACAAUGGAGAAAAGACAGCCUCUUCAAUCAAUGGUGUUGCAAAAACUGGGCAUCUAUAUGCAAAAGACAGAAACUGGACUAUUUUCUAACACCAUAUACAAAAAUAAACUCAAAUGGAUAAAACACUGAAAUCUAAGAUUUGAAGGCAUAAAACUGCUAGAAGAAAACACAGGCAGUACACCCUUUGAUACUGGUGGUAGCAAUUUUUCGGGAUAUGUUUCAAGCAAGGGAAACAAAAGCAAAAGUAAACAAACUACAUCAAACUAAAAAACUUUUUCACAGCAAAGGAAAUAAACAAGAAAGCAGAAAGGCCAGGAACCCUCACACACAAUCAGUGGUGAUGUAAAUGGGUAAUGCCACCGUGGAAAACAGUACGGAAGGUCCUCAACAAAAAUAAAAACAGAACUAUCAGCAAUUAUACUUAACUCGGUACUUUUCCUGAAAAAAACAAAAACACUUAUUCUAAAAGAUGUGUGCAUCCCUAUGUUCACUUCAGCAUUAUUUGCAAUCGUCAAGACAUGGAAGCAACCUUACUGCCCAUCAAUAGAUGAAUGCAUAAAGAUGAUGUGAGAUACACACAAACAGACAUAUAUACCAAGAACAAACUAGGGGCAGUCAGAGGGGAGGAAUCAGUGAAACAAGUCAGGGAUCAAAGGAGCAACAAACUUCCGGUUAUACAGUAAAUAAAUCAUGGGAUGUGAAUGUAACGUACAACAGAGAAUUUAAUCAAUAAUAUGGGCUUCCCUCGUGGCUCAGCUGGUAAAUAAUUGUCUGCAAUGCAGGAGACCUAGG